AUGGCCCUUCACAGCUUUAUUUUCUUUUCUUGUGAUACACAUGGAUACAAAGUUUGUCGUGGUCGUUGGAUGUUUCAGGUCUUCCUUACUCAGGCGGCCUCUUCGGUAUCUUUCCAGUUUUCAUCUAAUCUUUCAUUUGUUUUUCUUUCCUUCUCUCGAUUUCUUUCUUUCUUUCUUUCUUUCUUUAUUUAUUUCUUUCCUUGCAGUUUUCAUAUAUCUUUCUUUCUUUCUUUCUUUCUUUGCAGUUUUCAUAUAACCGUUCAUUUUCUUUCUUUCUUUCUUUCUUUCUUUCUUUCUUUCUUUGCAGUUUUUUAUAACCGUUCAUUUUCUUUCUUUUUUCUUUUUUCUUUUUUUCUUUCUUUCUUUCUUUGCAGUUUUCAUAUAUCCGUUCAUUUUCUUUCUUUCUUUCUUUCUUUCUUUCUUUCUUUCUUUCUUUGCAGUUUUCAUAUAACCGUUCAUUUUCUUUUUUUCUUUCUUUUUUCUUUCUUUCUUUCUUUCUUUCUUUCUUUCUUUCUUUCUUUCUUUCUUUCUUUCUUUCUUUUUUCUUUUUUCUUUCUUUCUUUCUUUCUUUGCAGUUUUCAUAUAACCGUUCAUUUUCUUUUUUUCUUUCUUUUUUCUUUCUUUCUUUCUUUCUUUCUUUCUUUCUUUCUUUCUUUCUUUCUAACCCUACCCUUCCAUAUGUUAUAUGUUCUUUUUUUUAUUUCUUCUCUAAUCUUCUCACCUUUAAUGAUUUGCUUCUUCCUUUAA